AUGACAGGAUCAACUUUCAAGUAUAUUGACCCUGCGUCGUAUACCGACAGUGACGUCCCAUUUGUCAAGCCAUGGGCCAAAGUUGAUGGUCCGGGUUAUUCAUUUCACUUGAUUGAUCGCAAGCGUUCUGUCGAAGAUAUCCGUGGGAACGAGUCCAAUUUUUCCACUGAUACGUCUGGAUUUGCUGUCUAUAACUAUCCGGCCAAGGAGAAAUCUUUCACGGAUGACCAGGCUGUCCGUGAUGGAUAUUAUGGCGAAGUCGAGCAGCUACUCCGUGAUAAGCUACCUGGCAUCAAGAAAGUAGUGAUCUUCGACCACACGAUCAGACGACGGGAGAAAGCCUCACCCCGACAGCCAGUCCAGCAAGUUCACGUUGAUCAGACGCCAAACGCUGCCGCGGUUCGAGUACGCAGGCAUCUUCCCGAGGACGAAGCAGAGGAACUUCUGAAAGGACGCUACCAGAUUAUCAAUGUGUGGCGACCAAUCCAAAACCCCGCCAGUGACUUCCCUCUCGCAGUCGUCGACUGGCGAUCAACGCAACCGACUGAUUUUGUCAAAGUCGACCUGCUCUACCCUAAACGAGAGACCACCAAUGGUACUCAUGACGAUGACGACCGUGGCAAGGAGGUCCUACCCGAUCCAACUUCUGCGAGCUCCACUGCAGGCUAUGAGAUCAAGGGUGAAACGUAUGGUGUCCAGCCAAAUGAGAGCCACAGGUUUUAUUAUUAUAAGGACAUGACGCCUGACGAGGUUAUGUUUAUCAAGUGUUUUGAUUCUUUCAGCCAGGUCAAUGGUGGUAAGAAAGGAUUGGCGGAUUCAACACCACAUACGGCUUUCGUUGACCCUCAGACACCCGCCGAUGCUCCGGGCCGGCAGAGCAUUGAAGUGAGAUGUUUGGUCUUUUAUGACUAG